AUGGCGGACGAUAUGGCGAACCGUUACCAGGUGAUGGAGGAAUUGGGAAGUGGGAGUUUUGGCACCGUUUACAAGGCCAUUGAUAAACACACGGGCGAGAUUGUCGCUGUCAAACAUAUCGACCUCGAGUCCAGUGAAGAUGAUAUCCAGGAAAUCCAACAAGAGAUUUCCGUCCUGGCCACCUGUGCCAGUGCCUUCGUUACACAAUACAAAGCUAGCUUCUUGAAGGGGCAUAAGCUUUGGAUUGUGAUGGAAUAUUUGGGCGGUGGAUCAUGCUUGGAUUUGUUGAAACCAGGAGUCUUUAACGAGGCGCACGUCGCAAUUGUCUGUCAGCAGCUACUGCAAGGCCUCGAGUAUCUACAUGCCGAAGGAAAGAUUCACCGUGAUGUCAAGGCCGCGAACGUCUUGCUGUCGAAUACAGGAAAAGUGAAGCUGGCCGACUUCGGUGUCGCUGCGCAGCUGGUCAACAUCAAGUCUCAACGCAACACCUUCGUAGGAACACCGUUCUGGAUGGCGCCGGAAGUAAUUCAGCAGGCUGGUUACGAUUUCAAGGCGGAUAUCUGGUCUCUGGGUAUUACCGCGAUCGAGAUGAUCAAUGGCGAGCCACCGCACGCCAGCACGCAUCCCAUGAAGGUCCUGUUCCUCAUUCCCAAGCAGCCCGCGCCUCGCCUCGAGGGCAAUGACUACAGCAAUACCUUCAAGGACUUUGUUGCGCAAUGCUUGACCAAAGACCCGGAUCGCCGACCCAGCGCAAAGGAGUUGCUGCGACACAAGUUCAUUCGCAAUGCGGGAAAGACCGAGGCACUACAAGAAUUGAUUCAGCGCAAGCAAGAAUGGGACGCUGGUCGAGGAGCCUCCAAAGACGUCAAAUACUAUGCGGAAUCUCUCAAUACCCUCACCAAGCCACCUCCUCCCGAGGACGACGAGGACUGGGUGUUUGAUACCGUGAAAGCGCCAACAAUGUGGGUGCCCAAGGGCAAGGACUGGACUACGCUGGAUGAGGAGGAUGACGAUUGUGAUCCGGCCGAGCUGUUGCAAGAUAUGCAUAUUUCUCAACAACCCCCAGCACCUCCUAAGCACCAGGUCAAUCCGGCUGUCCAAGCCAACUCGACUGUCCGACGUACGCCGAACGUCGAGCGAUCUGCUGAGCGGUCCCCUUCCAUCCGGCGUGCCAACACAAAGCGCCGGUCUAGUGGUGUGAAGCAGCCUCUGGGUCUGGAUUUGAGCUUUGGCAAUAGCCCUUCCACUGUUCGCCAAUUCCGUCGGGUAUCAGACAAUGUCCCGAACGAAUCCACGACUCCCAAGGUUCCACCCGGUUUCGAUGAGAACGCCAGCCCCAAGCCUCUCUCCUCGUCUGAAUCGACUAGCAAAGAGGCUCAAUUGGGACGACGUGCAUACAGCAGAGCCAUCGGUAUGUCCUGCCAGGAGGUCCUUGCUAAUACUGGCGACGGCGAGAAGCGAGAGGCGAUCUCCCGACUGGCCGAGGCCUGGAGCGAUCUGGAGAUGGUGGAUCCAGAGGGUCUCUGCCACAUCAUCCGAACCAUGAAUGAGCGACUCCAAGCCGAUCCCCGCCUCUCCUCCUUGAUCCCCGCAGCCCCCGCCCAGCCUGACUCCCCAUCCCGCCCUCGCCUGGUGCUCGCACAAAACAACCCACACCUCAAGAGCCACCGUCGCCGACAGUCGACGCAUGGGGUUGACCCACUUCCCCAGUCUCCACCUCGCUCAAGCAUGCCCGGUCAAAAUGUACCUGGUAUGGAACACACCAAACAACUUUCGGACGUCCUCUACCAGCGUUGGGCAGAGGGACUCCGCAACCGAUGGGGAAUCUGA